GGAGGAGGAGGAGGAGGAAGGGCGGGCAGCUCGCCCCCGUCCUGAACAAUGUGGCUGAAUCGGCAACAUCUUGUGAAAUUUUCAGGGCUCCUGUUGAUGUGGUUGGCUGCUUGGUACUUGGGAUACUUAGUCGCUGCUCUUGUACCCAAAGAGGCAAUAACAAGAUCUAUUGCUAAUCUUCAAGACAUUGGAAAGAAACCAAUGUUGAGGGCCCCAGUCCCAAAAAGGCAGAAGUGUGAUCACUGGUCUCCCUGCUCACCUGGGAAUUAUGCCUAUCGGAUUCUUAGUGGUGGUGGCAAAGUAAAGAUGGCUAAAAUUUGUUUUGAGGAUGAGCUGCUUAUAAGUGAAGAGAAGGGUAGUGUUGGAAGAGGUAUAAACAUUGCUAUUGUGAAUUAUAAAACAGGAAAAGUUACAUCGGCAAAAUUUUUUGACAUGUGGGAAGGAGACCACUCAGGAGAGAUGAUGACUUUCAUUAGAAAUGCACCAGAAGGGUCCCUCCUUUUGAUGGUGACUCAUGAUGAUGGAAGCACCCGGUUAAAAAAUGACGCCAAAAAAUUAGUAGAAGAGCUGGGAAGUAAAGAAAUACAGAAUAUAAAGUUCAGAUCAAGCUGGGCUUUUAUAGCUGCCAAAGGCUUCAAGCUGCCAGAUAACAUCCAAAAAGAAAAGAUAAACCAUUCUGACAAGAAGAAGAACAGAUAUGAUGGCUGGCCAGCUGAAAUUCAAAUAGAAGGCUGUAUCCCAAGAAACCUGAUCUGA